UUAUAAUCUUUGAUUAUAUUUCGGAUUUUUCUAAUCCGGCCCAAGCGUAUUUUUAUUGGGCUUUUUUAAAAUUUGAACAGCCCAUUUUCUGGAACACGAACUUCUCCUUUCAUGAACAAAAAGCCCAAAUGGCGGCCCAAAUUGUAACAUCGUCAGGCCCAUUCCACACGCAAAAACUGCCCGUUUGUCAAAAUAUCGUCUCCUGCUGACUGUACUUGUCCCCGCUCUCGGUUCUUUCCCGCCUCUGCUGCCGCCAUUUACGCUUCUGCAGCUCGCCGUCCGGCGAGUAAUCUCCGAUCAAACUCCGAUUUAGAAUGUAAGUCUUAAGCUCUUCGAAGCUGCGCCUCCUUCCAAUGUUUGUUAAUGUGCGUCGCCUGCACAGCUCUCUUAAGGUACACUGGCCUUCUUCUCUGUGCCCAUCCCAAACCCUAAUCCCCAAAUUGUCAGACGAGUACUGUUCUUCGUCUUCGCAUUCGGAUACUCAUGAUUUUGAUUACUUAGCUCAAUUUUUGCCAUGUAAGGAUGGUGCUUUGAAAUUGAUCUCGCUGAGUUACGUGACUAAAAAUGACCGGCGUAUGGUCACCGUUGCGUUAUCAAAAGCGAUUAAGCUGUAUCAGGGAUACGCAUUGAAGGGAUUUUCGAGAACUUUCUGCCCGUUUUUAUUGGUUAAGAUUAUGAAAUUGUUUGAAUGCCGGGAAACCGCGUUUGCGUUCUUCAAACUAGCAUUUAAGGAUGAUUCUGAAGAGACUGUUAGGUCUUGCUUUAUAGUGGCGCGUCUCUUAGCAGCUGAACGACUUCGUUCUCUCGCACAAGAUAUUGUUUCGUGGAUAGUUGCAAGAGUUGGUCCGGGAAGGUGUAGCAAUUUGGCGGCGUUUAUGUGGGAAGGUCACUGUGAUUACGAGUCUGACUUUUCAGUUUUGAACACUCUUAUGCGGGCGUUUAUGAAGUCAGAAAUGCAUUUGGAGGCGUUAGAAAUAUUGAGUAAGAUGCGGGAGGUGGGAGUGAUACCAAGUGUGUCGGCCAUUUCGAUUCUUUUCAGCCUUCUGCUUAGAGUUGGUGAUUAUGGUGCUGUAUGGAAAUUGUUUAGAGACGUAGUUCGAAAGGGACCUCGCCCAAAUAAUUAUAUGUUUAACGUAAUGAUUCGUGGGUUUUGUAGAAAAGGUUGUAGUAGGAUUGGAGAAGGUCUAUUGCAUGUAAUGAGAAAAUUUAGGUGUGAACCAGAUGUUUAUGCAUAUAAUAUGUUGAUAAAUGCAAAUUGUUUAGAAGGGCAGUCAUCAGAUGCACUUCAUUGGGUGAAUUUGAUGAUUGCAAAUGGAUGUAAACCUAGUACUGUUACAUUCAGUACCGUCAUCAAUGCCUUCUGCAAGGAGGGAAAUGUGGAGUUAGCUAGGAAGAUUUUUGAUGAAAUUGAAGAUAUGGGUCUUUCUCAAAAUACUAUUGUCUAUAAUAGCAUGAUAAGUGGGUAUGUCAAGGCAAGAGACAUUGGCCAAGCAAACUUGCUAUUUGAAGAAAUGAGGACCAAGGCUAUAGUUCCAGAUGGCAUUACUUUUAAUAUAUUGGUUGCAGGCCAUUACAGAUAUGGAAAGGAGGAGGAUGGGGAUAGAUUAUUAAGGGAUUUAUCUGUAUCUGGGUUGCUUCCCGAUUCUUCACUAUGUGAUGUAAUUAUCGCAGGGCUGUGCUGGGCAGGUAGAUAUGAUGAAGCCAUGAAGUUUUUAGAGGAUUUACUUGAGAAAGGAAUUCCGCCAAGUGUGGUUGCUUUUAAUUCUGUUAUUGCAGCAUACAGCCAUGUAGGUUUAGAAGGGAGGGCAUUUUAUGCCUAUGGUACAAUGGCAAAAUUUGGUCUAACUCCUUCAUCUUCCACAUGUAGCUCCUUGCUUAUCAGCUUAGCUAGGAAGGGGAGCCUUGAUGAAGCAAGGAUAGUUUUAUAUGACAUGAUAGAGAAAGGAUUCCCUAUCAAUAACAUGGCUUUUACAGUUCUUUUGGAUGGGUACUUCAGGAUAGGGGAUGUUAAUACGGCUGAAAGUCUGUGGAAUGAGAUGAAGUGUAGGGGGGUGUUCCCAGAUGCUGUUGCUUUUGCAGCUUUUAUUAAUGGGUUCUGUAUAUCUGGUUUUAUGGAGGAUGCUUAUGAUGUAUUCUCUGAGAUGUUAAGAAAAGGGUUCGUGCCAAAUAAUUUUGUGUACAAUUCCUUGAUUGGUGGAUUCUGUAAAGUGGGAAAACUAAAUGAAGCCCUGAAGUUGGAGAGAGAAAUGACGAAAAGGGGCCUUCUUCCAGAUAUUUUUACAACGAAUAUGAUAAUUGGUGGGUUAUGCAAACAAGGUAGGAUGAAGUUAGCAUUUGAGACAUUCAUGGACAUGUAUAGGGUUGGUUUAUCUCCUGAUAUUGUUACUUACAACACAUUGAUUGAUGGUUACUGUAAAUCAUUUGACAUGGGUGGUGCAGAUGAUUUAGUGAAGAAAAUGUCAGAUAGUGGGUGGCAACCUGAUAUCAUGACAUAUAAUAUCCGGAUCCAUGGUUUCUGCACUACCUGGAAAAUCAACCGGGCUGUGAUGAUACUGGAGGAGCUUAUCGCAGCAGGCAUUGUUCCGAAUACUGUAACAUACAAUACUAUGGUUAAUGCUGUUUGUAAUGUCAUCCUGGAUCAUGCUAUGGUUUUAACUGCAAAAUUGCUUAAGAUGGCGUUUGUUCCAAACACCGUGACAGCAAAUGUAUUAUUGUCUCAAUUUUGUAAGCAAGGGAUGCCAGAGAAAGCCAUAUUUUGGGGUCAGAAGUUGAGUGAGAUUCAUGUUGAUUUUGAUGAAACGACUUAUAAAAUAAUGAACUGGGCCAACCGUAUUAUACAAGAAGGUGGUGAGGUUAUAAAUACAUCAUAUGAGAAAAGCGUCUUUAUGGAUUUCCUCAUGUAUAUUACUUAUGAUUAUUUUUGUAGAACUAAACCUUCAAGAGAAGAAGACGAGAACUCAACUUUUGAAACUAGUUUCAGUCGGUUCAAUAGGUUGAUUGAAGUAUAAACUUUUAUCUCUAAUUCUAUUCUUUCAGGAGGGUCACCUAGCAUAAUGAUUAUUCCAGAAAUGCAUUGUCAGGGAAUGUAUUUACUAUUAUUUUGCUGGGAGCAGCAGUAGGAUUUUUGAUGAUUCCAUUUACUUCACUUCUUCUUGCUUGCAUGCAUAAGGUAGGUGGGGAUUCAGAUAUCAAGGAAAUCUGGUGGUCUGCGGUCCUCUAAAUUAUAGAUGUGUUCUACCUAGAUGUAAAAUGUACUGAUAGAAAGCUCAACUAGCUGCGGCCUCUCCUGUUGGUUUGCACAUAUUUAUCAUGAUUAAACAAAAAUCAGGGAGUGCCUAACGUUCUUAAGGCCAAUAAUGAAAAUAGAAAGAAUCAGAACCCGAUCAGGGUGUAUGAUGGUUGAACUAUAAAAUUCAGAUUAUGCCAACUUUUGUGCCCUUAGUUGAGAUGGUUUGGUCAAGGAUUUACAAGGCUUGGAACAUUACAUUGUUUGAGGAACUCUAAAUACUGUCAGACUGUAGGAUCAUUAAUAAGAGCAUUUUAGUGCACUGCGGCUCCUUAUGCAACAUUUUUGUAAUUUGAUAAUGGCACGUGAAUUUAUACAAACACUUGAAGUUGUAUUGCUAUUCCAGUAAAAUUAGACUUAAUGGAGCGUCAAGCCAAGAGUGAAAUCUGUUGUACUCAAAGUAGUUAGAGCAGCUGAACGACAAUUGAAUCAAGUUCGUCUGUCUGGAAGUUCCUGAUACAUCAACAAAGAGAAGAAUAUUCCGGGAGGAUUCAUCCUUUGAGGUAAGCCAAUCCCUGAGCUGCUCCGAGUGCUAUCAGCAGUCUCGUUUUCCAAGCGAGCGGUGG